CAAGAAUUAUUGAAAUUCAAGGUGUAUUUUUCCAUAUAAAAUAUUGAACACCAAGAAUUAUUGAAAUUCAAGGUGUAUUUUUCCAUAUAAAUUAUUGAACACCAAGAGUUAUUGAAAUUCAAGGUGUAUUUUUUCCUUAUAAAUUAUUGAGCACCAAGAGUUAUUGAAAUUCAAGGUGUAUUUUUUCCUUAUAAAUUAUUGAGCACCAAGAGUUAUUGAAAUUCAAGGUGUAUUUUUCCAUAUAAAAUAUUGAACACCAAGAGUUAUUGAAAUUCAAGGUGUAUUUUUCCAUAUAAAUUAUUGAGCACCAAGAGUUAUUGAAAUUCAAGGUGUACUUUUUCCUUAUAAAUUAUUGAGCACCAAGAGUUAUUGAAAUUCAAGGUGUAUUUUUUCCUUAUAAACUAUUGAGCACCAAGAGUUAUUGAAAUUCAAGGUGUAUUUUUUCCUUAUAAAUAAUUGAACACUAAGAGUUACUGAAACACAAAGUGUAUUUUUCUAAAAAUAUUUUAAUAACAUUAAAGGUAACUGAAAUUAAGUAUUAAUUAAGUCUGGUAUAUUAAAUAUGAAUUUAAGACACAGACAAUUAACACUUCCUAUGUUUUUAAACAAUAGAGGGGGAGGGUCCCCAAGAGCUCCCUUAUAUAGUGUUAAGUCCAAUUUUUCGGACUUAACAAGAGAAAAUGAGACACAAUUUGUUUCAAAUAGUGGGUUAUCAAAUAUGCCAAGUUUACAUGGUUCUUCAAGUCAACUUACCUUGCCUGCUUUAACCAGUAAUAAUUCAUUAAAUGAACCGGGGGUGUCAAUGAUAAGAGACAGUGCACAGAGCAUUAAUGUUCCUGUACAGAGUGCACUGAGCACAAACGUACAACAUCAGAGUGCACCAAGCACAUAUAUUCAAACUCAAGGUGCACCUAGCACAUGUAUUUCAUCCCAAAGUGCAUUGAGCACUGGUCAUUAUACCCAAAGUGCACUGAGCACUGGUCAUUAUACCCAAAGUGCACUGAGUACUGGUCCUUAUACCCAAAGUGCACUGAGCACCGGUCCAUAUACCCAAAGUGCACUGAGCACUGGUUCAUAUACCCAAAGUGCAACAAGCACAUUUGUUCAAAACAGUAGCGCUUCAAACACUUAUGCAAAAGUACAAGGUGUACCAAGCACAUGGUCCUUUUCCACGGGAGGAAUAAGCACAUCUUAUGCAUCUAAUCCAUUUCAUGAUCAGACAAAGACAGCUAAUAUACCACAAAUUACAUCAUUCAGUGACACCAGUUUCAACAGACCAAUCAGCCAUAAUAACGGUGAUGACCAACAAGAAGUAUUUAAAUUGAGAGAAAAAAUAAGGGAAAUUGAAAAUGAAAGAGAUUAUUACAGACAGCAGAAUAACCAACCAGAUAAUAUAAGACAGCAAAAUUUUCAAUCAGAGAAUACAGGACAGCAACAUUUUCAACCAAAUUAUACUAGUCAGCAAAACAACCAAAUGAGAUACCGAACAGACUCCACAUCUAGCAUGCAAGAUAGUUAUCACUCAAAACUACCAUUCUACAAUGGAAGAAGUGACUGGAGUACAUUUCAGAUGCAAUUUGAAAUAAUUGCUGAAAGAAAUAAUUGGGAUCCAAGACGUCAAGCUGAGGAAAUAUUACUGGUGCUUAAAGAUGAAGCUGCAAAAUUUGCAUCAGAGCUACCGUAUGACACAAGGAGCUCGUUUCGACUUUUAUCCAAAGAUAUGGAAAGAAGAUUUGGAGAUAACAACCUGCCUGAAACCUACAGAAAAGAGUUGCAAUUUACAAGAAAAAAUUACAAGGAGUCAAUAAAUGAAUAUGCUGCUCGCAUUCAGACAAUGGUCAGGAAGGCAUAUCCAGGCAUGGAUAAUCAACUAUUCAACGAUAUAUCAAUUGAACACAUGUUAAAUGGAUUAAAUGAUCAAAGUAUUGCCUAUGAUGUAUUGACAAAAAGACCUAAAACUAUGGAGGAAACAAUCAAUCUUGUAGCAUGGCAUACUACAUGCAAAAAUGGAUUGAGAAGCAAAACUCAAAUAAGGCAAAUUGAAAUUGAAGAAGAAGAAACGUCUUUUGAUGCUGAUCAGUCUGAUGACAUAGAAGUGAGACGAGUUGGAGGUAAACGAUUUGUUACAGAGGAGCGUCUUAAUCAGUUUGGUAGAGAGAUGAAAGAAAGUAUCACGACUGAAGUAACCAAGUCUAUUGAGAACAUAAUGAACACAAGGCUACCAACAUCAAAUACAUACCAGCCUAAGAAGAAUUUUAACAGCCAAAAUUCAAGAUGGAAUAACAAGGACAAAAAUCAAAAGCAAAACAAUACAAGAUGCUAUGCAUGUAAUGAAGAAGGACAUUAUGCAAGGUCAUGUCCUAACCAGAAACAGACACAAGGACAGGUUUCAGACGGAAAUCCGUUAAACUAA